AUGACCUUCCUCCGUGGCGGGUGCAUGAGUAUCGUGGCUUGUUACGCCGUCAUGCAGAUGCUCCUCCAUAACUCCUUCGCCAGCUUCAAGUUCGCGAAGUGCACCGAGUGUGACGUUCAUAGUGAUCCAAGUCACCCCGACGGUGUUGCGGCGAAAAGUUUCGUGCUACCCUCAGAGGCUGGCGAGUACAGCAACGCUAAGCAGGUGACCUGCUGCGCUCAGCCUCUGGCCCCGGGGAAGCCACAAGCGCCCACACAAGACCGUGGCCUCCACAUACUACCAUUGCAAGCGCCAUCCUUCGAGCACAAAUACGGCACCGGCGAGCAUGCCUUCAAAGCCGCCAUAUGCUGGGAAGACUCGGCGCAUAGUCUUGGGGGGGGGGGUCAAUACCGGUCAACGUUGAUCUUCAGCAUAACGCGCUGUGUUUUCUUGGAUUCUAUGACUGGCUUCGCUGACGAUGGUGUGCUGGUACACUUUUCCGGGACAGGAGGGCGGGGAAAAGCUGAGGCGUAUGAAGAUACCGUCAGUGCUCUACUACUGCGGGGGAUGGAUAUGUCCGCAAGAUCGACGCAGAAGCUCAAUCUUAUGCUCCACGGCUGGAGGCGAUGGACAGACAGAGACUGGACACUAGCUGGUGAAAAGGUUCGCGCUUCUCCUCCGUCCCAGUGCAACGGCAGCCGACGACGAGCGACUGUCUCAACUGCCGGCGAGCAAGUCUGUCGUCGAGAUCAUCGCGGACUUUCAGAAGGUUGUUCUAAGGGCCUGACGACCUCGCAGGUGGGUGAAGACGUUGAGUUUGUGCUCGAACAUCUCAAUAUUGUGGGCGGAUUCGCGGCAAGCCCGUUCUUGAGCUUAGCAGUUGCAGGACAUUUGCCGAAUGGGAGAGGGCGAUGCUCUCGCGUCGGUCACAUGAAUUAUAUCUCUUUACAGUUAUUGCGCAAAGACGUUCACGGGGCACUUUAUCGUUCUAUCGAGACCAGUGUCGCAAUCGCUACGAUCCUGCCACCCAAGUCACAUCGGGAAGAGCUACAAGGCCAUCAAGAACGCCCACGGCGUGUCCGCUCUCCUACUUCAUUCUUUAUUCUCGUGGACCGGCCUUUGACACCGAUCGGUACACUCAGCCGGUCCGAGCUGUCGUCGUCCGCUCCUAACCGAGGGGAGGCGAUAUGUGUUCCAGAUGUCUUAAGGAGUCACCUAUCAGCGUGGAACGAUGUGUUUAUCACUUGA